AUGGCAGCGACGGCAAACACGCCGGCCGACCUGGUGGCGCAGCUGCUCCGGGUCACCGAGGAGCGAAUCGUGCCGCUCACGCGCGCCGGGGUCGCGGCCGGCAGCAAGGUCUUUGGUGCUGCCGUGCUGGCCAAGGACGGCCUGGCGCCGCAUACGGUGGCUACCAGCGACGAGCGCGCAUCACCGCUGCUGCACGGCGAGAUCAACUGCAUCCAGGCCUUCUUUGCGUCUCCCGCCGACAGCCGGCCGCGGCCGAGCGACUGCGUCUUCUUCUGCACCCACGAGCCCUGCUCGCUCUGCCUCAGCGGCAUCACCUGGUCCGGCUUCGACGAGUUCUACUACCUCUUCACCUAUCAGGACAGCCGUGACCUCUUUGCCAUCCCCUACGACAUUGACAUUCUCGAGUCCGUCUUCCGCGUCGCCGCCCCUGCUGACACCCCCGACAGCUUGGCUGCCCGCCCACUCUACAACAAGACGAACAAGUUCUUCCGCUCCGCCAGCCUGGCCGACCUUGUCGGCCGCAUCGCCGACCCCCAGGACCGCGCCCGCUGGGCUGCCGAGGUCGACCGCGUCAAGGCUCUGUACAAUGCCCUCAGCCAGACGUACCAGGACGGCAAGAAGGCCGGCACCGAGACGUCCAGCGUGUGGAAGUAG